GCAUGACAACGACCCAAAACUACGCGAAGUCAUCCAUUCGCGGAAUGGGAGUAGAACAUUAACCACGGUGGUGGUUAAAUGCUAUAACAGCUGCGUUUUGCUACUUGGUUGCGCCACAUUAGGGAGGGACGGACUUGGACGUUUGUCAGUUCAAACGACGGACAACGAGAAGGGAGUGUGUGUGUGUUUGUCUAAUACACACUCAAGACGUUACUGACCAGAUGGAGAAAAAGAAGGGUAACGCUGAUUACUCAUCAGAGGAACAGGGAGGGGACAGGAAAAGAAAAUCACCGACAAUAUGCGGGACCAACUACCCAGUCAGCAUCGGUUUUAUUGUGGUCAACGAGUUCUGCGAGCGCUUCUCCUACUAUGGAAUGAAAGCGGUGUUGACCCUAUAUUUCAUACACUACCUCAAAUGGGACAAGGAUCUCUCCACAGCCGUGUACCAUGCCUUCAGCAGCCUGUGCUACUUCACCCCGGUCCUGGGUGCCCUCAUCGCUGACUCAUGGCUGGGGAAGUUCAAGACUAUCAUCUACCUCUCCAUAGUGUAUGUCAUUGGCCAUGUGGUCAAGUCUGUAGGGGCCAUUCCAGAUGUUGGGGACAACACUGUGCACAUCGUGCUGUCCAUGGCUGGACUGAUCCUCAUCGCCUUUGGCACAGGAGGAAUCAAGCCCUGUGUGGCUGCCUUUGGAGGAGACCAGUUUGAAGAGGAGCAUACAGACGAGAGGAGGAAGUUCUUCUCCAUCUUCUACAUGUCCAUCAACGCCGGGAGUGUCCUGUCGACCGUCAUCACCCCCAUACUGAGAAGUGAUGUUCAGUGUUUUGGUAGUGACUGCUAUGCCCUUGCCUUUGGAGUUCCUGCGGUUUUAAUGAUCAUUGCUCUGGUUGUGUUCAUCGCCGGCAGUGGGCUUUACAAGAACAGUCCGCCAGAAGGGAACGUUCUGCUCCAAGUGUGCAAAUGCAUUGGCUGUGCCAUUCGUAACUGGGGGAGAAGCUCCAAACAUCAACCCAAGAGGGAACACUGGCUGGACUGGGCAGAGGAAAAGUACCCGAAACGCCUCAUCUCAGAGAUCAAGAUGGUGCUGAGGGUGUUGGUGCUCUACAUCCCCCUGCCCAUGUUCUGGGCUCUGUUUGACCAGCAGGGAUCCCGCUGGACACUACAAUCCACUCGCAUGAACAUGGACUUUGGUGCAUUUGUCUUGAAACCUGAUCAAAUGCAGAUGCUGAAUGCACUGCUGAUUCUGAUAUUCAUCCCUAUCUUCGACAUGGGUGUGUACCCACUCAUCGGCAUGUGCAAGAUCAAAGUCACUCCUCUGAGGAAGAUGGCCACUGGCAUGAUUUUUGCCGCCCUGGCCUUCGGAGCCGCCACUAUUGUAGAGCGCAGUGUCAUUGAAACUGUGGUGGAUCCGCCGCCUGCAAGCACAAGUCUCCUUCAGGUCUUGAACUUGGCAGAGGGAAACAUAAGUUUGGAUGUCCAGGGGCACACAGGCCUCUUUCCUCAGCCAAUCAAAUCCUAUGAGGACCCUGUGGAGUACCAGAGACUUCAGCUGAAUGGCUUUAAACAGGCUCUGACUGUCACGCUGACUGUCAAUGGGGAAAAUCACCAUUGCGUUAAAACCUUCACUGAAGAAGAGGCCUAUACUCUUAUCAUAAACGAUGAUGCCUUAGGUGUCCACUGCACCCUGGUAAAGGACAACAUCCAGAAGUCUGAAAAUGGUGAAGCACAUCUGAGGUUUAUCAACACCCUCCAGGAAGAUUUCAACAUAACUGUUGGAGCUAAACGGUUCCACGUUCCGGUUGGGGUUGGGGUCUCAAAUGGUGAAUUUGUGGAUAGAGAACUGUACUCAAAUGUAAAAUGUGAAGGCAGCUCAAGGAACCUUUCUCUAGACAUUGGGCUUCUAGAUUUUGGUGCCUCAUACUCCAUCAUUCUGAAAGGGAAUGUUGACGUCACAAAGCUGGAGGAUGUGCGUGCCAACAACGUCCACAUCGCAUGGCAGGUCCCUCAGUAUGUUCUUCUUACAGCAGGAGAGGUCAUGUUCUCCAUCACAGGCCUGGAGUUCUCCUAUUCACAGGCUCCAGCUAACAUGAAGUCAGUACUUCAAGCUGGCUGGCUGAUGACCGUGGCCUUUGGUAAUGUGAUUGUGCUUAUCGUGGCAGAAGGAGCCGGCAUGGAACAGUGGAUGGAGUUCCUUCUCUUUGCUGGCCUGCUGGUUGCUGUCUGCAUCAUCUUCUCCAUCAUGGCCUACUUCUACACCUACGUGGACCCAGACCACCUAGACAAGAUGUACAAGGACGACGCAGGGGAGGAAACCGAAGACGACCUCCAAAAGAGCCACACGGAUGGCGUGAACAUGCGCACCAUUGGAGAAAGUGAUGGAAAAAGUACCAAAAUGUAGCACAGAAAUCCUCUACAGUAUUUUUUGUUUGUUUGUUUUUCCUGUACAGUUAACAUAUGUUAAGCAAGGUUUGAUUUGCUUCAGCAGUUCAGGUGACAGUUUGACAAUACUACUUAAAAGCAGCUUCAGGUAACAAUCUGACAAUACUAUUUAAAAGCAGCUUCAUUGUGAUUCUCUGGCCUGUUUUGAGGCUUAAUAUGGAACACUAUGAAAGGACACUUAUGUACCUUAUAAUUCCUGACAAUUUCUGACAUACAUGAUUAUAACAUAUAUGUUAGUCUAUAUACAUGUAAAAUAGAUAUUAUAAAAUAUAUGUUAGUCUAUAUACAUGUAAAAUAGAAAGUAGAAUAGAUGAAAACGUAUUGGUGCCUUGAUUUUAAGUGACAGAAUUUCACUUUCUUAAAUUUUGUAUAAGAUCUGUGAUAUUUAUGGUAAAUAUGGUAUGACCAUGCAGCUGAAAACAAGACAAAAAAAAAAAGAGAAAUGAUGAACCUCUACACUGAGUAUCUGUGAGGCAAGUAGGCGUAAUGUAGCAACUAAAUGUGAAUGAGAAGUCUUGUACACAUACCUACAAUAUUUCAAAUCUCAGGACCUCUGCAGACACAUAUGGCCAACUCUGAUGCUCUAGUCUAUACUGUGCUGGAGAAUGGACACAUUCCGGUUUCAAUGAUGUAAAUAUUAAAAGGAUUAAAGUGCUUGGCAUAUAGGUA